AUGGAGUUCAUCGUCCAGUACCUGGCGUCACACCUCCCUCUUCUCCCACUUCUGGAAAUCCGCAAAGUUCACGCUUCAUCACAUCUGGCUCUGGCCGCCCAGGGCGUUUGGCGAUUUCAUGGCAGAUGCCUGGCCCCGAUAGCCCCUAUCCAGCUCUGCACCGAACGCCCCUCUCAGGAGGGCAUGGCUUCGCUUUCACUGGGUGGGGUCCUCUCUACUGGAAUCCAGAAGAAACGGAAACUGGGCCCAGGGCCCUCCCCCGGACUAGAGAGAGAUCGGGCCCAUUCGUUGCCAGUUCGUCCCAGCUGCGAUGAGGACGUCACCCAGGCUACCAAGCGCCGCUGUGUCCAGAUCUCUCUGCUGGCUGCAGGUGGCAAGAGCCUCGUGAACCCGUCGUCCAAGAAGACUGGCUCCACCCCGUCCAUCCGCAUCCCAGUGCCAUUCCAGGUUCUGCUGGAUGGUGAAGCCAUAACCGUGAAUGAGCUGGAGAUGGCCUUCCAGAGAUUCUUUGGCUCCCAGCAUUCAGGGCUAGAGGUCCCGACACUGAACUGGAUGGAUGGCUCCAUCCUGAAGUCAGACCGGGAGACCAAUUACUGCCUCUCCACCCUUGCAGCGCAGGCCAGGGCUAGGUCCAAUCCACUGACCAACAGUGAGGACUUCUGCCUCAAGCCUGUGGUCUCCUCUCCCCGAACCACCUCCAGCCACAAGCUGCAGCUCCCGCGGAUUCCCCGAAGAGCUUCGGUCAGACCGAGGUCUCGUCGCCGCCUGCGCUGGGACUCCUGA